AUGGUCGUCUCCGGGAUGACUAGGAAUCUGGACUGCAUCCCUUACGAUGUGUUCUAUCAAGUGGCCUCCACGCUCGACUGUCAUGAUCUGAUCCAUCUCAGCCGGGUCAAUCGGACCUUGCACCAAUUGAUGCAGAAUGAGUCGAUCGCGCGCAAAGCAAUUGAAAAUGACCUGCGGUACACCAAGGAGGGCCAAGAGGCAAGCCGGACCAGGACCGGGUACCGCAAGGCACUCGGGCGUCUGUUUGAUAUCAAACAGUCCUUUGCCACGGCACAGCCGUACUCGGCCUGCGUCCUGGCGUAUGGCAGCUCAUUCCUCUACAGCAGCGGCUGCCUCUGCUACAUCUACAACGAAGAACUCCGCGUGCUAGACGUGCAUGGGGCCAGCCAGGUGGAGCAGGUGCUGAACAUCCAGAAUGUGCUUUCCCGCGCCAUCCCGGGGUGCAACCCCGCCGAGGACACGCUUCAGAUCUGCCUCAUGCACUACAGCGACGGGAUCCUGGCCUUCACGGUGGAGUUUGUGGACCGGCCGGAAGCGUGGUUGCUGGCCGUGGACAUGCGUCGCCGGCUGGACUCGAAGAAGAGCGGCCGGCUGCGUCUCCUGACACGACUGCGACACACGCGACGCAUGUUCGUUCGACACAACGGGCUGUAUCUCUACUACGGCACGCACACGGCAAUGGGGGAUCACGGCUACCAGCAGUGGGCGGUGCAUUGCGUGGACCUGAAGCGGGGCCAGCAUACGAUGGAGAAGCCGGUGGUGCUGGAGAACUUUGCGGGAUGCGAGAUCGGGCAGACGGUCUGCUUCGAGAUCCACCAGGACCACCUGUACGCGGUGUCGACGCUGGUGGACUUCGAGGAGGAGGAGGUCGACUGGACGUCGUACUAUGUGUGGAUCUGCCUGUCGCCGAUGGCCCGGGAGCACAAGCGCCAGAUCGUGCCCAACCGCACCUGGCGGCGUCAGCACCGCGAGGGCCCGAUCAACGACACCUGGUCAGAUCUUUCCCUGCGCGAGGACGAGGCCACGCGACGGCUGAUGAUCCUGGAAUGCCGGCGCGAAUGGCGCAACGCUGGCAGCGACCAUGCCCGCACGUAUUACAUGCAGCCUCUGCCGUCGCCCGUCGACGUCGCGGCCCGCCGCGACUUCAUCCUGGCCAAGACCAAAUUCCGCUCCUACAACCCCUCCGCCGCCGCCUUCGUCGACCUCGUCAACGACCCCGCACCCGAAUCCCCCGCCAGUCUCCUCCCCCACGACCGCCUGCGCCUGCGCGUCGUCUCCCGCAAGCGCAAGUGUCCCAUCGACGAGCACGGCGAGGAAGGCCAGCCCGGCCGGCUCUUCCGGCCCGAACUCAGCUCCGCCGACGGCCAGCCCAUCCAGCACAGCGACGAGCGCUACGUCUCCCGGGGCGUCUGUCUCUGGCCCCCGGACUCCGCCCCCCGGGAGCUGACCCGGCUGCUCUGUCCCUCCAAGCGUUGCGGCCCCGUGCACGCCGCCGCCGACGAGCGCUCCCUCGUCUACUCCGUCGACCAGGACGGCCUCGAGGGCUCCAAUAACCAGGCUAUCGUCCUCCUCAACUUCGACCCCUCCCUCCACCUCCCCGGUCUCCAGCACAUGGAUCUGUCCAACAACACCCACGGACCGUCGCGGACGGACGGCCAGCGCAACGCCCCGAUCACCAUGGAGCGCCCACGCCUCGGUGAUCUCACACACGACCGCGCCGGCGUCCACAUCACGAGUCUGGCGCGUACCCGGACGACGAACCAGACCUUGCCAUCUGUUCGUGAGGAACCCGCCAUGUACCUUUCCAUUCGUCGCGGGUAUUGCUUUCAGUCCUAGUUGGUUAGCUAGCCAGCCAGCCAGCUAGCUUAGCACUGCCGCGAGGCUGUGUUCCUUCACUCCCUCCCUCCAUCCCUCCCUCUUCUUCUCUGAUCCGAGGAUUCCGUCUGGAUUCUCUGUUCGUUCGUUCGGUACCGUACCCGGCGGAUAGCGGUGAGAUCUGGGCGUCUGUCUUUCCGUCUUUCUGUUUGUCUGAGACAAACAGACACACACACACACACACACACACAACACACAGAACAAUAGUAUUUUAGAAUAGAUGAUGCAAUUAAUGAAAUGGUCUAAUGAG